UGUUCAUACCCCGGCCAAACUAAGGAAGCAAUCUCUCUGCGUCCCAAGCGACGACGAUGGCCUUCCUCAUCGGGUUCAUCGUCAGCCUCUCCUUCUGGCUGCCGGUGUUGGCGCUCUUCUGCUGCGCGAUCUACCUCUGCCGGAAACCAGCGGAAGCGCCAGCACCAGAUCAGAACGUGGCCGCCACCGCCACGGGCCGAAGAAGGGAACCGUGGCGGCUGGGAUACUUCCGGCACUCCGCCGCGGCGGGUGGCGGCGCGAGCGGGGCGGCGGAGAAGGUGUGCGCGAUCUGCCUGGGGGAGCUGGCGGCCGGGGAGAAGUGCAGCGAGGUGCCGGCGUGCCGGCACGUGUUCCACCGGCGCUGCAUCGCGCUGUGGUUGGAGAAGAAGAGCACCUGCCCGCUCUGCAGGGAAACCAUCGCGCCGGCGGCUGCCGGCGACAUUGUUUAGCUGGUUAGUCUAGGUAGGACUAGCUUUGCUUGUGCAUGCAUGCUCCCUCGUGGCUAAUUAGUUAAUACAGUUGCGGUUGGGCCCGGAUCAAUUGUUUCUUGUUACUUGAAGACGCAUGAGCUCAACCUCUGAUCGCUGCGAUCUGCCUCU